AUGGUCUUUUACAAAGUGACUCUAGCGCGGUCCCUGAUCGGGAUGCCGAGGGCCACGCGGCAGAUCGUGAAGACUCUUGGGUUGGGCAAGAGGGGGUCCACGGUAUACAAACGGGCGACGCCCGCGAUAGCAGGGUCGCUGCUAAAGGUGAAGGAGCUUAUCACCGUCGAGGUGUCGCCGCAGAAGGUCAGCAAGGGGGAGAUGAGACUUGCGAGGAAGUCCAACCCGGGCUACGUUGUCGAAGCUCAGAGCUAG